AAAAUAAUUUUUUUUUUUUUAAUUUCUUGUAAGAUUUGACAAACAAGCUAAUAAUUUGUGUUUUUCUUUUUUCAUAAAAAUAUAUAAAUUUUUAUUUAACUAAUUCUUAUAUGUGACACUUUUUUAGUUUGUUUAUUACAAAAAUAUACAAAUGCACAAUUAAAAAAAAAAGUGCAAUAGUUUCGAGUGCGAGUGAGGAAAAAUAGAAAAAAAGAAAUUUUGGAAAUUGCGAAGAAAAUCGAGCGACGCAAAUGAAAAUGCCUCGCAAACGGAAAGUGCCCGUUCCUGCUGUAAUCGAGGAAGAAAAAGAAAAUGAAUCCCAACUCACAGAAGUCUCCCAGAAUUCGACAGUGCAUCAUGGACCAAUGUAUGCAAUUAUGUCCAAUGUCCAACUAAAUGAGACCUUUCACAAGAAAUAUAUUCGUGAAAUGAGUCAAUUGUAUGAGAAAAUGGAUCAUGAGAUUUUUAUGUUUACAUUCAUCAAAAUGGUCAAAUCGGCUAUGGAAGGAGAGGAAACAAACGAAUAUGCUUACACUACUUUGUUGUUUUGUGCAAAGUUUGUUGCUUCUUAUGAUGUCGAUGAUACGCAUCCUGUUUUGGUGGAUACUUGUCGGUGGUUAUUGACGACCAUAAGUCAGAAUCCCCACAUACGUUUCCGCCUAUGUCAGUUUGUGAAUAUGAUUCUAAACGCAUUGGGUGUGGAAGCAGCUCUUGAUGAUGCAAUUUGUGAUGGUAUCAUGGAAUAUAUGUUGAGACGUUUGCGUGAUAUCAAUCCCAAUGUAAGGGUUCAAGCAAUAUUGGCAUUGCAGCGAUUACAAUGUCCGGACAAUCCGGACGAUGUUGUUCUUCGUGUUUAUCAAUUUCAUUUGUGUUCCGAUCCCUCGCCGAGAGUCCGUCAAGCUGUGGUAACUUCUAUGGGAAGAAAUUACAAUACAAUUCCAUAUAUUUUGGAUCGUUUGUGGGACAUUGAUGAAAAAGUCCGUCGACACACUUAUUUGCAUAUGAGUGGAUACCCAGUUAAAGCAUACAAGGUAUCCCAACGUUUACAGUUGCUUGAGCAGGGUCUCAAUGAUCGAUCGGAAAUGGUUAAAAAAGUUGUUACAACUAUUAUGCUACCACAAUGGUUGGAAUCUUACAACAAGAAUUACAUUCUAUUUGUUUCCGCUUUGAAGCUUGAUGCUAGCGAAGCAGAAGUUGAAAGAUUUCUUAAAAUCGCUAAAGUUGCUUUACAUGAAAUCUUUAAAAGACAAAAGAUUGAAGACCUUGUAAAUUGUGUUCCUCUAGAUGAGGAUGGUGAAUUCCAUAAGUGUGUUCCACAUGAUAAACUAUCAAUGGAAGUUACAUUGUAUUGGCAGUGCCUUAUUGAACAUUUGUCAGUUACAAUGGCUGAUGAAUUGGAUUCAAUUAUUCCUGAAUUAAGUACAUUUUGUGCAUAUGUUUUGAAAUUUUGUGAAGCUCAAAAAUCCGCAACAGAUAAAUUUAUGAAAAUGGAAUUUCAAUACGUCCUUCUAUCUUUGUUAGAGAUUCUCUAUCUCUACGAUUUGGGUGAUGAAAUUGGUCGUGAAAACUUUAAAAAAUUAAUCAGCACAAUUUUAAAGACCAAUGAUUUGGAAGAAAAGCUAAUUGAAAUCAUUAUCAAAUGUGCAGAGAAUUUAAUAACAGAUCAUAAUACUCGACUGCAGUUCUUUGUUGAAAUAAUUGAAGAAAUCACCCAUAUGAGUUCAUUUAAAAAUGACACUCUCAUCAAUGAUCGUGUUCUUAUCGAUCAACUUCUUGAAAAACAUCCCGAUAAGGAUCUCAAAUUAAAAUUAUCUUCAUUGAAAGUUAAAAUCUUGGAUCUCGAAGAAGAAGAAAUGAAUUUUGUUGAAAUGAAAGAUUAUGUGCAAGCUCAUCGUAUAACUGAAGAGAAAAAUGCAUGCACAGAAGAGUAUACAAAUCUAUUGAAACCAUUGCUAGAAAAGCAUUCAGAGACUAUUGCAUCCGAAGAUACAAGUGGUCAAUCGAGUUCGCUAUCAUCAUGCUUUCAGCGAAAUAAAAAAGUAACAUCUGAGACGAUACUUAAAAGUUUGCAAAUAGCAUUUUAUAUGGUCGUAUCGAAGAAUGUUCGAUCUUUGACUCCAAAUGUCUGUAAGCUUUAUAAUGAAUUCAUUGGUCGUCAUAUUGCUUCUAAUCAAAUUGCCAUCAGAGAUUGGGCUCUGAAAUGCGGAACAGCCUAUAGCAUGCUAUACGAAGCUCUGGCAAAAGAGAUAUACGAAGUUCUUUAUGCCCAAUUCUUUAAGAAUCACAAUAUUCGCAUUUGGAAGACUUCAAUUACUUGUAUAUUUGAGCUCCUGGAUCGGUACGGAUGUUCGAGUUUUAACGUUGAAGAGCGUCAAAGUAAAAAUAAACGCAAUGGAAGACAACUGUACAACACAUUGGAGUUUUUGGAUGCCGACGAUGAUAGCAGUGUGUGGUCAUCAGGGCAAGCUGUGGAUAUAAUAUUUAUGAUGUCGCAUUUUUUGGAUACUUGCGACGAUGUUUGUAUUAUAAGUGCAAUUGUGAAUGGCUUCUGUCGUCUAGUUUUACAUGAUCAUAUCAAGAAUUCCGAAAUCCUAGAGAAGUUACUUUUACGCUAUUUUAAUCCAUCAACAGAUCCUGAAAUAAAUCAAAUUCUUGGUGUUUUUCUUGAGAGUUUAAUACAACGUAAAAAACAAGAAUAUCUCCAUCCGUGCCUUUUGCCAACAGUUUCACAAGUAAUAAGUGCUCCAUAUGAAAGUCCUUUACAUGAAAUCAAACCAGAAACUGUAUUGCGUUUUGUUAUUGAUGCAACACGUCCAGAAUUUUGUGCACCCGCAGCAAAUAUUCAUAAUACAUUGGCAUUGUCAUUUUUGCAAGAAAUGCAAAAUAAUAUUGCCAAUAAGGAUUUGUGUAAGAUUUUGUCGAAAGAAUUGUUAACAUUGGAAAUGUGUGUACAGGAUGAUCAAGCAUUAAAGGAUGAACUUAAGGGCAUAGCCGAAAAGUUGAUAAAUUGUGAAUUUGAUUCCAAAACCUUGAAGAAUAUAAUUGAUUUUAAAGAUAUGCUGGAUGGUAAAUUUAAUCCACCUUUGUUGCCAACGAAUCCUGAUGGUUCUGAUGAUGAGGAUAAAACGGAUGAUGAAAAUGCUAGUGCUGCUACAACGGAGAGAGAUUAUGGAAAAGUUAUAUCAAAUGUAACUCUUCCAAAUCGACUCGUACCAGUGAUAGAAGAAGAAGACACUGAAGCAUCGCAAAUUCCAGAGACAAGUAAUUUCCAGGUUGAAAAUGAGAAUUCUGUGGAUAAGGAAAAAACGAUAGAGCCUGCAAAAACAGCAGAUAAACGAAAAUCCGAUUCAAAGAGAAAAGAAUCUCCUGAAAAGAAAAAAUCUCCUGAAAAGAAGAAAUCUCCUGAAAAGAAGAGUGGUCAAUCAAAAAGGAAAAAGACUAAAAAAGCUAUAGAAUCUGAAAAAGAAAAGGAUCCCGAACCAUUAGCUGAACCGCCGCCUUCACCGAAGGCGACCCAAGUUGAUCCUUCUCCUCAAACACCUGUACCAGUUGAAACGAUUGCUCCUUCAACUCCGACGGUGGCGGCGAGAGUUUCAACAACACCAAGUACCCCUCUUAAUAUUAUUCGUCCUUUGACAACACCAACAACCUUUGGACGAGAAAACUCAACUGGAUUGAGAUAUCUACGCAAGUCAAUGAAUUCUGCGCGUCAAAAUACACAUCCCGAGGAUGCACCAUCACCUAAAAUUCGCAUUGAGGCUCGUAUCGAUACAAUCGUUUCACCACGAAAAGUGCUAGAAUCCCCAGUUCAACCCACAAGAUCGACGAGACAAAAACUUCGUGCUGUCACAAAUGCAACAAAUUCUGCAGCAGAAGAUGAAGAACAAUCAAAAAGUAAAAAGGUACAAUCGGCAAAAAAUAAAAAGAAAGAUGCACCGGCUGCAACAUCGACUCGAAAGUUGACUAGAAAGCAGGCACAAAAAGAAAAGGAGCCAUCACCAGCUCCAGAUAGUGAUGAUUCGGAAGAGAUUCCUCCAUCACCGACAUCUUCCGCUGUUACUGAUACAACAACUGAAAUAAGAAGUUCUACGAGAAGAUUUAAUCGAACUCUUCGUUUUGAUCAUAUCAAAAACAGUACACCUGGUCAAAAAACAACUCGAUCGAAUCGCAAUAAUACCCUAGCUUCUAACAAAGAACAAACAACAGAACCAACGACAAGAAACACACGUAAGAGACCGAUAUCACCAAACUCGCCAAAAAGUUUAAAUGAAGGAGGUAAAGAAUUCGCAUCUCCUUUACGCAAACAAUCAAAGACGAGUCUUCAUCUUUCAGAAAACACAACAAAAGAAGCGACAAAAAGAACACAACCAACAACAACAACAGAGUCUACAGCAACAGAAUCAACAUCAACAGAAUCAACAGCUACAGAAUCAGAUAACAACACCAAGGCAAAACCACAAACACCAAUAAUCAAUAAAUUGCGAGCGAAGAAUUCCAAUGUUCCAGAAAAGCCCGCUGACCAAAAACGGAUCACUCGGAAAACACAAAAGAAACCGAAUAGUCCAUCGAGUAAAGAAAAUGAACCAAAGAGUCCAUCCAAGUCGACGAUUGCAUCACCAACAUCAAGUGAUUUAUCUUCAUUGUCAUCCAGUGAGAGUGAAAACGAAGAAGCUCCUUCGAAAACUCCUAAAAACAAAGAGAGGUCUAACUUUGGAGUUACAAAAUCUACCCAGAAGAGAUUAAUGAGUAGUAAAAACCCAGCUCUUAAAAUUCGUCGUUCAAACGUUUCGGCUUCGGCUAGUCGUGUCAAUACAAGAAACUCGGCACGAAAAGAUCGCCAAAACAACAUGAUAAUGACGCGCAAACGUUUGUCUUUGGAAAGUGUGCGAAGUCCGAAGGCGAAUGGACCUUUAUUCGCAUCUCCGAAGACAAAAGCUAAAAAGAAAACCACAUCAACUGUUGUGGCACCAUCGCAACCCAAAGUCAGUAAAAUUCCAGUGAAUAUAGCGCUGCGCUCAAACAAAUCAAAUGCGAAUUUGAAUUUGAACAAAUCGAAAACAUUGACGACUGAUUCUGUGCAUUCCAACAGUGAAUCCAGCAUAGAAUCAGAUGAAGAGUCAGAUGAUAAAUGGGAGAAUGUCAGUACGAAAAAAUCACAACCACAAUCUAAGGCAAUAGUUCAGCAGCAACGUAAUACAUCAUCAUCGUCACUAGCCGCUCAGCGACCAAGAAGUUUAUCAAGGAUAGCAAGGAGUACAACACGCAUAAUAGCUGCCAGAGCAAUGCUCCGAAAAAGACAUAUGUGACGAUUCCAUAAACCCCUUCGGGAUUUUCAUUUCAUUUAUUAUUAAAAAUAUUUAAACUAUUUUUUUUUGCAUCCAUA